AUGCAUCGGGCAAGAGUAGUACUUCAGGCUUCAAGUAAAAUCGGCAACUCUGAAAGAUUUGCAUCAUGGCUCAUCAAAAACCCACAGGCUGUAGCUAUGACAAUAAACGCCAACCGGCUGAAGAGUUCAACUGCAGCAGAGCCUUUCCUCAAUGGGUCCAGCUCGGCUUAUGUCGAGACUAUGUACAACAACUGGCUAACAGAUCCCAACUCUGUACAUGCUUCAUGGGACGCAUUCUUCCGCAACGCAACUAAUGGCGCGCAACCCGGUGUCGCCUAUACACCGCCGCCAAACCUCGCGCCCUACGCUAAAAACGAAGUGCCCUUGACGUCACUUAUUCCAGCAUCCGGAGGCAUGCCAUCUAUCGCUUCUGGCUCCCCAAUCAACGAGAAGAUAAUCGACGACCACCUAGCUGUCCAAGCCAUCAUCCGAAGUUACCAGGCUCGCGGGCACCUGGCCGCCGACGUGGACCCCCUGGGCAUCACGACGGCUAACCUGCCCCAACUGGGCAUGCGCGCGCCGAGUUCCGAGCUCAUCAUGAGGAAAUAUUUCAAUUUCGGUACGCAGCACACGCUCUCGAGACAUUCGCUGCUCGGUUGGAAGCAAUCACUUCUGACUUGGAUGCCGACCUCGGCGACUGGCACGGUGGGCUACGAGCCUUCGCCAACGAAGCGGUCAUUAGACAACACGUGCGAUUCGAUUCGCGGCCACCAUAUAGCGAAACUGGACCCAUUGGAAAUAGCAAACUUCAAUACGGCUGAAAAAAAUCCUCGAGAAGUGAUAUACAACAGCUACAGGUUUGAUGAAGCCGAUAUGGAUAGAGUUUUCAAAUUGCCAUCGACAACUUUCAUUGGCGAGAAGGAAAAAGCCUUGCCGUUGAGAGAAAUCCUCAACCGCUUAGAACAGGCUUACUGUAACAACAUUGGAAUCGAGUUCAUGUUCAUAAACUCGUUGGAACAAUGCAACUGGAUCAGGCAACGGAUGGAACCCCCAAACGUGACGAAGAUGAGCAAUGACCAGAAACGAUUGAUCCUGGCCCGUCUUAGCAGAUCAGCUGGAUUUGAAAACUUCCUGGCCAAGAAAUGGUCUUCGGAGAAACGUUUCGGUCUUGAGGGGUGCGAGAUUCUCAUUCCGGCAAUGAAGCAAGUCAUCGACACGUCAACUAAACUUGGCGUUGAAUCUAUCAUCAUGGGAAUGCCACACAGAGGUCGCCUCAACGUAUUAGCUAAUGUGUGUCGUAAACCACUUCACCAGCUCUUCACUCAAUUCGCUGGACUCGAAGCUGAGGAUGACGGUUCUGGUGAUGUGAAAUAUCACUUAGGUACCUACAUUGAGCGUCUGAACCGAGUGACGAACAAGAACAUUCGUCUCGCUGUGUGCGCUAACCCCAGUCACUUGGAGGCGGUAGACCCAGUGGUGCAGGGCAAGACUCGAGCUGAACAAUUCUACAGGGGUGAUAAUGAGGGCAAGAAGGUUAUGUCAAUCCUUCUCCACGGUGACGCGGCGUUCGCCGGCCAGGGUGUGGUAUUCGAAACCAUGCACUUGUCAGACCUGCCAGCUUACACCACUCACGGUACAAUCCACAUUGUGGCGAACAACCAGAUCGGAUUCACAACUGACCCUCGUCAUUCUCGAUCAUCUGCAUACUGUACCGAUGUCGCUCGCGUCGUGAACGCUCCAAUUUUCCACGUGAACAGUGACAACCCCGAAGCGGUGAUGCAUGUGUGCAAUGUGGCUGCGGAGUGGCGUGCCACCUUCCACAAGGACGUGGUCAUUGACAUCGUGUCGUACCGUCGCAACGGGCACAACGAAGUCGAUGAACCGAUGUUCACACAACCUCUUAUGUACCAGAAGAUUCGCAAGACUAAACCCGUACUUGAAAUAUACGCGGACCGACUCAUCAAGGAAGGUGUUGUUACCGCCGAAGAGGUGAAAGACGUGAAGGACAAGUACGAGAAAAUUUGUGAAGACGCUUACAACCAGGCCAAGCAGGAGACCCACAUUAAAUACAAGGACUGGCUCGACUCGCCAUGGUCCGGUUUCUUCGAGGGCAAGGACCCACUUAAAAUGUCCCCCACAGGAGUGGUGGAAGAGACUCUAGUGCACAUCGGUAAGAGAUUCUCCAGCCCGCCACCCAACGCAGCCGAGUUCGAGAUCCACAAGGGUCUACUCCGUAUCCUCAAGGCUCGUAUGGAGAUGGUGGAGAAACGCACCGUGGACUGGGCCCUCGCUGAGGCCAUGGCGUUUGGUUCUCUUCUUAAAGAAGGCAUCCACGUCAGACUCUCCGGUGAAGAUGUGGAAAGAGGAACAUUCUCUCACAGGCACCACGUACUUCACCACCAGAAGGUAGACAAGGCGACCUACUGUGCUCUGGCACAUCUCUACCCCGACCAGGCGCCCUACACAGUUUGUAACAGCUCACUUUCUGAGUACGGUGUCCUCGGUUUCGAAGUCGGUUACUCCGUGACGAACCCGAACGCGUUGGUGCUGUGGGAGGCCCAGUUCGGUGACUUCAACAACGUGGCGCAGUGCAUCAUCGAUCAGUUCAUAUCCAGCGGACAGGCCAAGUGGGUGCGACAGUCCGGUAUUGUGCUUCUGCAGCCCCACGGCAUGGAGGGCAUGGGUCCUGAGCAUUCAUCCGCUAGGCUGGAGAGAUUCUUGCAGAUGAGCGCGGACGACCCAGACUACAUGCCACCAGAAAGCCCUGACUAUGAAGUACGUCAGCUGCACGACUGCAACUGGAUCGUGGCGAACUGCUCGACCCCGGCGUCUCUGUUCCACAUCCUGAGACGUCAGAUCGCGUUGCCCUUCCGCAAACCCCUGAUCCUCAUGACACCCAAGUCGCUGCUGAGACACCCCGAGUGCAAGUCUUCGUUCGAUGAAAUGGCUGAGGGCACUACAUUCAAGAGAGUGCUGCCCGAAGAAGGCCCAGCCAGCGAAAACCCAGACAAAGUACGUAAAGUGGCUUUCUGCUCGGGGCGUGUGUAUUACGACCUGCUCAAGGAGCGUCGCGACAGAGGUCUCGAGAAGGACAUCGCUAUUGUCCGAUUGGAACAAAUCUCUCCGUUCCCAUACGACCAGUUGAAGAGCGAAAUCUCGAAAUACCCUAACGCCCAGCUGGUGUGGAGUCAGGAGGAGCACAAGAACAUGGGAUCAUGGAGCUACGUUGAACCACGUUUCCGCACUCUCUUGCGCAACCAGAAACAGAUCAGUUAUAACGGUCGUGCAACAGCAGCGUCGCCAGCCACCGGAUCCAAGGCGGCCCACAAUAAGGAGUUGAAAAACUUACUCGACGAAUUCUGCGUUUUAUAA